GCGAUGUUGCUGCGAACCUUGGCUUCGAACUGCUACAAUAUGAUUAAUGGAUACCAGGGGCUUUAGAAGUCAACCAGUCUUGCCCUAUAGGAUUAUAAAUUCUUGUUUGGAGCUACACUUACAUUUCAAUCUUCAACAUUUCCAUUUUCCACCAAGUUAUUCUGCAUUCAACAAGUCAUGAGAACACCAACUAGAACUGUUCUUGUGAUUCUAUUUACUCUUCUUUUCAUAGAAAGAUUCGGAGUUGGGCUGCAGCAGAAUGGAGACUCAUAUGUAAGCUGCAUCGAGAGUGAAAUAAAUGCUCUCAUCAAGUUCAGGGGUUCCCUAAUAGAUAAUUCCAACCAUUUGUCAUCGUGGGAUGGAGAAGACUGCUGUACGUGGACAGGAGUGAGUUGCAGUAAUAGAACAGGCAAGGUUGUGAAGCUUGAUCUACAUAAUAUGCACUUGCAAGGUCAGAUAAAUCCUUCUAUACUCAACUUGAGUCAUUUGCAUUAUAUAGACUUGAGUAAUAAUGAUUUUUCAGGAACCCAAAUUCUGAAAUUCUUAGGCUCCCUUACGAAUCUGAGGCACCUUAAUCUCUCGAAUGCUGCUUUAGGGGGAAAGAUUCCCCGUCAAUUUGGAAACCUCUCCAGCUUGCAAUAUCUCGAUCUUCACAUGAACUCUUUUGAUGGUCCAAUUCCUGAUACUCUUGAAAGAUUGUCCUCUCUUGAAAUCCUUGAUUUAUCUUCAAAUAGUUUUCUAGGUUCAAUUCCAAGUGAAAUGGGAAAUGCCACACGGCUUACUUUCCUUGACCUCUCUAACAAUGAGUUAGAAGGUGAAGUACCACGCACUUUGAUGAAUCUCUGCAACUUGCACAUCUUUGAUUUGUCCAAUAACAAAUUCAGGGGAAAUAUUCCAAUUCUGGGGGGAAAUACAUCCACUUGCCUCAGAAGUAAAUUAAAGGAGUUGCGUCUUGGAUCAAAUCAGUUUAGUGGUUUUUUGCCAAAUCAGUUAGGUGAAUUUGAGAAUCUAGAGUAUCUUCUUCUUUAUUCCAACUCAUUUAGUGGUCCAAUCCCAGCGUCACUUGGAAGACUAUCAUCAUUGAAAUGGUUAGAUUUUAGUGAUAAUCAGUUAAAUGGAAACAUUCCUACGAGUGUUGGACAACUUUCAAAGCUACUGAGGUUAGACAUCUCUAGCAAUUCUUUAGAUGGUGUGGUAUCAGAAUCUCACUUUUCCAAUCUCAUCAACUUAAAUGAAUUGUCCAUGUCUUCAAACUUGUUGGCUGUGGAUGUGAGCACCCAAUGGAUUCCUCCUUUUCAACUAAAAUAUAUCAAAAUGGCAUCCUGCAAACUCGGACAACAAUUUCCUGCUUGGCUACGAACACAAAGUAAUGUUGAGGAGUUGAUCAUUUCUAAUGCAGGCAUCUCGGAUACCAUCCCGGAUUGGUUUGAGAAUGUGUAUUCUCAUACUAACUAUUUGGAUAUAUCCCACAACCAGAUCAUUGGAGAAGUGCCGAAAUUUCUAGAGUCUAAUGGUACCAAUAGGGAGUUAAUUUUGAAUUCUAACAAAUUUGAGGGGCGGUUAACACUGUUCCCUUCAAAUGUUGUUUUGUUAGAUCUCUCCAACAAUUCACUUUCAGGGUAUAUUCCUCAAAUUGAUAACAGGAAUGUCAGAUUGGAAAUUCUUACUCUCUCAAAUAACCAAUUGAGUGGUGGCAUUCCGACAUAUUUGUGCAAGAUAACAACCAUGCGAUUUAUUGAUCUCUCAAAAAAUAAAUUAUCAGGGAAACUUCCUUGGUGCAUGGGAGACUUGUAUCGACUAGAGGUGCUUGAUCUGUCGAAUAACAGUCUAUAUGGUGAAAUGCCUAGUUCUUUGGGUUCCCUGCAGCAACUUAAUUCUUUACACUUGCGCGGCAACAAGUUCCACGGAGAGCUCCCUUUGUCUCUACAGAAUUUGGCAUAUCUGCACAUUCUCGAUCUAAGUGAAAAUGGGUUCACUGAUAUCAUACCUCCAUGGAUUGGAGAAAAGCUCAGUUACCUAAAAUUUUUGAAUCUUAAAUCGAAUAACUUUUAUGGUGAUAUUUCUGCACUCUGCAAUCUCUUCAAUCUUCAACUGUUAAACUUGGCGCACAAUAAUAUCACUGGGGAUAUUCCGCCUUGUUUUGGUAGCUUCACUGCCAUGGUUUUUGAUCACAGACUAGAGGAAUAUGAGGAAUAUGGUGUGGAUAUAAAUUACAGAGAAAGCAUAUUAGACUCUAUGAAAGGAAGAGAAUUUGAAUUUACCAAAAUCCUCUCACUUCUCACAUCCAUAGAUCUUUCAAAUAAUCAUUUAGUUGGGAACAUUCCAGAAGAGUUGAUGAAUCUUUCUGGGUUGGUGAGUUUAAAUGUAGCUGGAAAUCAUCUUAAAGGAAGGAUUCCGGAGAAUAUUGGCCGUUUGGAACAAUUGCAAUCUCUUGAUUUGUCCAGAAAUGAACUUUCCGGUUCAAUUCCUCAAAGCUUGUCUGCUUUGUACUAUCUAAGCCGCUUAAACCUGUCAUGUAAUAAUUUAUCAGGGAGGAUACCAACAGGAUAUCAACUGCAAACCCUUGAAGAUGCAUCUAUAUACAUGGGCAACAAUGGACUUUGUGGACCACCACCCUUGAAGAGUUGCUCAGUUGAUGAAUUGUCUAAUGCUCAUGAGCCUGUUCACGAGAGUAAAGGUGGAGAUGAGUCGGAAAUUCUGUGGUUCUAUGCAGGAAUCGGACCUGGUUUCUUGGUUGGCUUCUUAGGAGUUUGCGGCAUUUUGCAUUUCAAAAGAUCUUGGAGGUAUGCAUACUUCCAGCUUGUGGAGAACAUGUACAACAAAUUAUCAUUGACAAUUGCAUUGAAGACAGCUUGGGUGCGGAGAAAGUUCGGAAAAGAUAAUUUUGGAAAAUAAAUUUCAUGCUAAAAUGACAUGCAGCUAUGCUUCUCCAUUGUGGAACUGGUUUAUGCAACUGUGUAAUUGGGAGGGACUGCGCGCAGCAUCUACGGACCUUUCGUGCAGUUACUCAGUGGUUCAUCUCCGAUUCAGUGUCUUCUUCUAUGGAGAGCUAGAGCAGGAUUACUAGAUGCUUCUACAUUACUAUUUUUAGUGUUUACGGUCUGAAAGGAAUAACAGAUUACAUGGUGGUCUUCCGACUCCUGUUAAUCAGUUAGCUAUGGAAUACUGCACUGCACAGAAGGGUUGUCUUCUAUGGGACUCUCCUUAGCUGAUUUGAAUGUGUUGUUUUAGCUUUACUUCUUUUUAUUCAGUGUGUUUCUUCUAGCCUGGGGUAUAAUGUUAGAAUAGUUUUCUUAGUGGUUUUUGAUCCCUUUUCCCUUUGUACUUUAUUGUUUUAUAUGAAUUAAUAAAAUCAGCAACAUUCCCGGGGAAAAAAAAAAAAAAUCUAAUUCCAAAAUGCCGAUUCAGAUUACAUGGUGGAGCUAACAGUCAGCUAUGAUUUUUGAGCUGUAAAGAGGAUCAGUGGAAUAAAGGACGUCCUCGUCCUGGAUAAUAAAGUUGGACGAUGCUGAACAGUUUUGGUUAUUUCAUGGAGUUCUUAUUAUGCUAUAUCAAUUGAGUUUUUUAUCCAAUAUGUAGUUCUGCAAUUUAUUAGUCUAGAAUUAGUCGUAGACUGCGGAUAGUCGGAGGAAAACAGUGAAUCGAAAGCUAAUUUUUUUUUUUUUUUUUUUUUAUCAAUUGAGUUUUUAUCCAAUAUGUAGUUCUGCAAUUUAUUAGUCUAGAAUUAGUCGUAGACUCGCGGAUAGUAGGAGGAAAACAGUGAAUCGAAAGCUUAUUUAUUUUAUUUUUUUACACAAAAUGACUGUUCUCAAACUCGAAAUGUUGAUAGCUGGACAAUGAUCAUCAACUCAAAAACUGCAACCUAUUUUCUAUCAUGCAUCUUCUUACAU